CCUCUGCCGCGGCGGCGGCGGCGCGGGGAGUGCGGGCAGGAGCCAUGUCGCACGGGGCGCGAGUGAUCCGCACGGGGGUGAGCAGCGCAGGGCCUGCGGGACCGCCGGCCCACACCGCCGCCUCCCCCGCGGCGGACUCGGACGCGCGGCUGGUGGACGGUUCUUAUUUCCGCUCCUGCGGCGGCAUGCUGAAGGUGGCCCAGAUGAUCUCACUGCUGAUUGGAUUCAUCUGUAUCAACAGUUCUGCAUGGACAGAUUACAGUGCAUAUAGCUACUUCCAGAUUGUCACCAUGUGUGACUUGGUUAUGAUUUUAUUCUUCUACAUCAUCCACACCUUCAGAAUCUACAGGAAGCUCACUUGCGUUAGCUGGCCACUUGCGGAGUUUCUUCACUAUUUAAUUGGUACAGUUCUGCUCCUCAUUGCUUCGAUCGUGGCAGCGUCCAGGAGCUACAACUUCAGCGGGCUCGUGGCCGGAGCGACCUUUGGGUUCCUAGCUACAAUCCUUUGCAUUUUAAGCAUAUGGUCAUCCUACAAGGUUUCCUGUGUCACGCAGUCAACAAGUGCAUCUGUGUGACUCCUUAGUCUCUGCAAGACACCUGCCUCCCCAGACAGGAUGCCAAAGAGGAGAGGCUGCUGCUGAGGAGAGAGCAUGGGUAUUUUGUGACAGCCUCAACAGCUGGUGGCUUUUGAAGACCUGCUCCAAUGCCUAUGCAAAACAAUGCUCUGAGCCAAAGCUUCUUCGCUCCUCCCCCCUCCCCGCGCCCCCAGGAGAAGUUUUUUAAGGGAGAAUUUGCUUCUUAUGAGCUUUCCAGACAAAGACAACUUCUGUCUCAGCCUGGGCUGUGCUAGUUCCCAGCUAUUUGCUGUAAGGGCGUUUAAAGCUAACCUGAAGAGUCCUUUAGUUCUCCUUUCAGAGGUGGAAAAAUUGCUCCUGACUUCCUCGAUCUGUUUGUAGGAAGGAAACCUGCGAAUUCCUGCCUGAUGUUUCACUGAAGGGAAGAACUGCUGCAAGCUGCUCUGUGCCUGGAAAAGCUGACUCAAGUCCUUUUUUUAGCUCCUUCUAUCAGAACUGUGGACGUUUUCUAAGAUGGGCUCAACUGGGCACCCAGAGUUACGAACUGCAGCUUGGAAGGCUCUCUGCAGACACUGCCUCCUAGCCCCAGCAGGACACGGUGGGGUUAGAUUUCAUUCUCUGUGCAUUCCCACGGGGUUCUAACAACCAAAGACUGCUCCAACGCACUUCCCCCUGCCACAGAGAGUAAAGACACACCCGAGAACGUGUGUGUAAUGCUUUGUGGGAUCUUACUCUCUUCUCCUUUUCACAGGCAUUCGUUUGUAAGAUGUGUAUGAGUAAAAAGCAUGAGGAAGAUGUGUCCUGCAGAAA